AUAAAUGAUUAAAUUUGGGCGGCACGGUGGCCGACUGGUUAGAGCGUCAGCCUCACAGUUCUGAGGAGCGGGGUUCAAUCCCCGUCCCCGCCUGUGUGGAGUUUGCAUGUUCUCCCCGUGCCUGCGUGGGUUUUCUCCGGGCACUCCGGUUUCCUCCCACAUCCCAAAAACAUGCAUUAAUUGGAGACUCUAAAUUGCCCGUAGGCAUGACUGUGAGUGCGAAUGGUUGUUUGUUUCUAUGUGCCCUGCGAUUGGCUGGCAACCAGUUCAGGGUGUACCCCGCCUCCUGCCCGAUGACAGCUGGGAUAGGCUCCAGCACGCCCGCGACCCGAGUGAGGAGAAGCGGCUCAGAAAAUGGAUGGAUGGAUGGAUGAUUAAAUUUGUAUUAUCGACUAAAUUUAUUAUUGUUUUUUUUUUUUUCAACCACUCACUUUUAAGCCAAGGGACUAUUUCUGCUUUUCUUUAUUAAGCCUACAAUUGUAGUUGUAUCCUUAAGUUUUGCUUUAAAAAAAUAAACUGAUAAUAAUAAUGCUCACUUUUAAAUGACACUUUCACAGAGAUACAGUAUUAUUGUCAUGUGUAUUAUGGCCCCACUCAUAACAGUGGGUACGGAAAGUAUUCAGAGCCCCUUAAAUUGUUCACUCUUUGUUAUAUUGCAGCUAUUUGCUAAAAUCAUUUAAGUUCAUUUUUUUCCUCAUUAAUGUACACACAACUCCCCAUAUUGACAGGAAAAAACUUAAUUGUUGAAAUUUUUGCAGAUUUAUUAAGAAAGAAAAACUGAAAUAUCACACAGACAUAAUUAUUCAGACCCUUUGCGGUGACACUCAUAUUUAACUGGUGCUGUCAUGUUCCUCUGAUCAUCCUUGAGGUGGCUCUACACCUUCUUUUAUUAUACUGAUCGGACUUGAUUAGGAAAGUCACAUACCUGUCUAUAUAAGGCUUUACAGCUCACAGUGCAUGUCAGAGCAAAUGAGAAUCAUGAGGUCAAAUGAACUGCCUGAAGAGCUCAGAGACAGAAUUGUGGCAAGGCACAGAUCUGGCCAUGGUUACAAAAACAAUUCUGCUGCACUUAAUGUUCCUAAGAGCACGGUGGCCUCCAUAAUCCUUCAAUGGAAGACGUUUGGGACGACCAGAACCCUUCCUAGAGCUGGCUGUCUGGCCAAACUGAGCAAUCGGGGGAGAAGAGCCUUGGUGAGAGAGGUAAAGACGAACCCAAAGAUCACUGUGGCUGAGCUUCAGAGAUGCAGUCGGGAGAUGGGAGAAAGUUCGAGAAAGUCAUCCAUCACUGCAGCCCUCCACCAGUCGGGGCUUUAUGGCAGAGUGGUCCGACGGAAGCCUCUCCUCAGUGCAAGACACAUGAAAGCCCGCAUGGAGUUUGCUUGGAAAAAAACACCUGAAGGACUCUUAAGAUGUCCCAACAGUGAAGCAUGGUGGUGGCAGCAUCAUGCUGAGGGGUGUUUUUCAGCUGCAGGGACAGGACGACUGGUUGCAAUCGAAGGAAAUCUUGAAUGCGGCCAAGUACUGGACGAAAACAUUCUCCGGAGUGUUCUGGGCCGAAGGUUCACCUUCCAACAAGACAGUGACACUAAGCACACAGCUAAAAUAAUGGAGUGGCUUCAGAACAACGCCGUGACCGUUCUUGAAUGGUCCAGCCAUAGCCCUGACUUAAACCCAAUUGAUCAUCACUGGAGAGACCUGAAAAUGGCUGCCCACCAAUGUUCACCAUCCAACCUGACAGAAUUGGAGAGGAUCUGCAAGGACGAAUGGCAGAGGAUCCCCAAAUCCAGGCGGAGCUACAGCAUCGAUAAGUCGCCAGGUUCCAGCAAAACUGCGUCGCCCAUCUCGCCAAGGAAAGACGUCAAUCGCUCCGAGUCGCUUCGAGUCGUCUCCAACCGGACACACCGCGUCUUUCGCCCCUCUGACCUCAUCCACGGAGAAGUGCUUGGGAAGGGCUGCUUCGGACAGGCCAUCAAGGUGACCCACAGGGAAACAGGAGAGGUGAUGGUGAUGAAAGAGCUGAUUCGCUUCGAUGAUGAGACGCAAAGAACAUUCCUGAAAGAGGUAAAGGUCAUGCGUUGCUUGGAUCACCCCAAUGUGCUCAAGUUCAUUGGCGUCCUCUACAAAGACAAGCGACUGAACUUCAUAGCAGAGUACAUAAAGGGAGGGACCUUGAGGGAAAUCAUCAAGAAAAUGGAUAGCAACUACCCAUGGAACCAACGGGUCAGUUUUGCCAAGGACAUAGCUGCUGGGAUGUCAUAUCUGCAUUCCAUGAACAUCAUCCACCGAGACCUGAACUCUCACAACUGUCUUGUCCGUGAGAACAACACAUUGGUGGUGGCAGACUUUGGGUUGGCACGGCUCAUGGUGGACGACAAGCACGAGGAGAAAUUUCCGCCGGGUAAACUGCCAGGUCUGAAGAGGCCUGAUCGCAGGAAGAGGUACACGGUGGUGGGGAACCCCUACUGGAUGGCCCCUGAAAUGAUCCACGGAAAGAGUUAUGACGAGAGGGUGGACAUCUUUUCAUUCGGUAUUAUGCUAUGUGAGAUCAUUGGCAGGGUCAAUGCUGACCCGGACUACCUCCCCAGGGCGGUGGACUUUGGACUGAACGUGUCAGGCUUCCUCGAACACUACUGUCCCCCCGAUUGUCCCAUUGCCUUCUUCCCCAUAGCUGCUGUGUGCUGUGACCUUGACGCUGAUAAACGCCCGGCUUUCUCCAAACUGGAGGAAUGGUUGGAGAACCUGAAGAUGCACUUGGAAAUGAGUCUGCCGCUUGUGUCUGAAGUAGAGCAGCUACACAAGGCCUUCUGGGAGAACAACAGUAUCACGUGGCCCGAGAACGGCCUGCACGUCCACCCAGAACAGCCAGAGUAAGGCGGGACGGGGGCAGGAGAGCGUCCAAGUGACAGCCUGCUUCCUUGUGGUGAAGGAAGCAUGUAUUGUAACUCUCUCCACACCCCAAGCAGAUGCAAUACAUGCAGCCUGGUUCAGGCCUAACAAGUAGACUCAGGGGGACAAUUGUGCAUCUGAAAAGCCACUUGUUCAAGAGAAGCGCACGUUGUCAAAGUCCAGUGGAGAGACUUUGACUAUGAGAGCUUGAUUCUACUGCACAUGAUGCUUAAAGUAGAGCAUGACGCCUUCCAAAUUGUAACACAGCUCUUGUGUAAUGUAGAUUUACAUUUGCAGUUACUACAGUGUAUAUAUUCAUGUGGCUUAACCAGCUAAACAACAAAGCAGGAAAAAAAAAAAAGUCUUCAAUUUUGGGCUUCUACAGAACACAUCACGCACAUGUGUUUUUCAAGUGUUACUUUGAUUUAAUAGUGAGUACUGUCUAGAGAGUGCAUGCCUGUAUAUUUUGGUUUCAGUCUCAUUCAUCCUGUCCUAAAACUGUUAAUGCUGAUUGUGUAGCACUGAUUCAACUGUGAGGCACACACGCACACGCACGCACGCACGCACACACACACACACACACACGCGCGCGCACACGUGUACACUGUUAAGGCUAAAAUGUUUCAUAGUCUUUUGCAUUUCUCCUUCCUGGUAAUGUGGCAUCUUCAAUAUUCCAAUGUGCACUAGUGUACAUAGGUGGCGACAUUGUAAAUGUGGUAAAUAUUGUAAAUGUAAAGACAUAUUUUCUAUACGUAUUUGCAUUAUUGCCAUAUUCUUAUUGGUUGGCCUGACUUACAGUUAUGGAAGUUGAAAAGGUUUUACUGCAGUUUAUGCGGGCCAGCAUUUGAUAGACGAUUACGUUUUACUCCGUUUGAUCUCAUGAUGUGUUGCAAUGUUUCAUCCAGUGUCUGGUUUGUUGCUCCUAUAGAGUUUCCUGCAUUGAAUCUUUUCCGUUCCCUUUUGGAAUAUGAUUAAAACACCCUUCAAAUUCUGAAAAGCUAACAGUCUAUCUAUACUGUAUACAGUAUAUCUUUAUAUUGUUCAUCUGAGUAAUACCAGGCUCAUAGUGUGUGUCGUCCUACUGUAUGUUUACAUGUACAUUCUGUCUGUAAAUAUCACAUUAUACUGUGUGACUUUACACGUUUUGUCAGUCUAUGUCCAUUGCAGUAAUGUGCACUAUGGCACUGCGUUGGAAAUGAUCGCUUCCACAAAAUUUCUCACUUGCACCAUUUAAAUCUGUUGGCUGUAAACUAAAAAUCUGUUUUAUUUCUGGCUUAUGUUCACAAAAGCUGCAUGGUACAAUUGCGAAAGUUGGUCUGCCUUCUAAGCCUGAAUAUUGUGAUGUUAAAUAACAUUUUGAAAUAGAUAUUAAAGAACAGCAUCUGUUUUAUAUAUAUAUAUGGAAACCACUGAAAUCUUUUGUAUAGAUUUUCAUUUGCACUAUAUUAACCAAAUGGCUAGUUCAAGCCAUGUUUUUUUUGUUUGUUUGUUUUGCUUCUUUGGGCUACUUGUGAUAAUAAGGAGAUAAUGUUGGUUCAGGUUGAUAUAAUGAUGCAAGACACUGGUUGAGCCUUUGAAAAUGUUAUAUUCAGGAAAAUCCAGCCCCUUGACAUUAAACUGGACUUGAUUUGUGAAAAUGUAACAUUUUGCACGUUUCUUGUGCAAUUUUGAUUGAUCAUCAUCAUCCAUCUGUGGUGACAAUUUAGUUUACAUUUUAAAGAUACGAGCAUGUCCAGUUUGAAAGCUCGGGGAGAAUAGAGUUUUCCUGUGUUUGCUUCUCCGAGGAUGUGAUGUCCCAGCUUUGCUUGCUGCCUUGCUCAGUGGUCCUUGUCAACCAUGUCGUUUGUAGUGUCUGAUGACUGGGCUGCAAACACUGAGUCUUUUGUCCCAAAACAGAACUUAACUUUCACCUCUUCAUCACUCCUUUGGCUCAGGGCCGUCCUUUCCUGGUGUUCCUUCACCAUGAAGUCAAUCCACAACACAGUAGUAAACAAUGAGACUUAGAGAGCAUGUGAUAACUGUACAGCCUGCGAAUUCAAAACUGCUUAUUCAUCGCAAACCAUUCCGCAGUGAUGUGUUAUCACUAAUUCCUGUGUGAGCAUGUUGAUGAUGUCUCUGUGAGGACGGCGUGAUGAUCAAUUAGAAUGUUGCCGCAGCACUUCUUUGCAAAGGAUCAAUACCUCUGAUCAAUGCUGUGCCUUUGUUGUAAGCUAGCCUUGCCAACGACUUGAAAAAUUACCUGAUUUCCUGAUUAUUUUUUAUUAUUAUUUUAUUUUUAUUUUUUUUUUUUUUUUGGUAAUGUAUCAUACGUGCAAGCCUGACUCCAGUGGACUGAAUAUCAUUGCUGAUAGUGUUUGUAUAAGAUUUUCUUCCAGUCCCAUCUCAUAUUUGUAUUUUCCUGACCUUCACGCUCAUAUUUUGAUAUUUUAAUAUUAUACUUCUUCUUUUGUUGUCUUAUUUAAUUUUUACGCAAGCUGUGAAUACAAUUCUGCACUUUAAAUCCUGAACGUGAACAUUCAAACUCCUGAGAUGAGUGUUUUUUUGUUUUUCUUUUUACUUUUUGUCACAGCUGAAAAUAAAAUUGUUUCUCUUUAAACAAA